AUGCUGGUGCUGAACUCUUCCACUAAACUGCAGAUGCUGGAGAAAAUGUUAAUGUGGAGUUUUCCCGAGUCCCUCAAGGUUUAUGGGGCUGUGAUGAAUAUCAACCGAGGGAAUCCCUUCAGGAAGGAGGUGGUGGUGGACAAGUGGCCAGACUUCAAAGCUGUUAUCACCCGGCCACAGAGGGAGAGUGACAUGGAUGACCUUGACCAUUACACCAAUGCGUAUGCAGUUUUCUACAAGGAGCUGCAAGCUUACAAGGAGCUACUGGAAAACACAAAUACUAUUAACUGGGGGCAGAUUUUUCAGAUACAAGGGCUCCAGGAUGGAAUAUGGGAAGUAUCUAGAACUGUGGCUUUAACUAAGGAGGUAGAUGUGAAAACAUCCUCUUUCAGGGCGAUUAUCCAUUCAGAUCCGGAUACACUGCCAGCUAUCAAUUUCCAGAUGGACCCUAAAUUAACAGUGUCUUAUCUGGACAUCUCCCACGCCAGCCUGCUCAAUGAAACGUGGUCGCGCGGAGGCAACCCAAGGUGCCAGCGGUACCUUGCUAACCUCAUUUGCUGCUUCCCCAGUGUCUGUAUCUUGGAUGACAAAGGGUGCCCCCUCUCCUGGAGCCUGACAGACCAGUUUGCCACCAUGAUUCAUGGUUAUACUCUUCCAGAGCAUCGAAGGAAGGGUUACAGUCGGCUUGUGGCUACCACUUUAGCUAAGAAAUUACAUAGUCAGGGCUUUCCGGCACAGGGCAAUGUUGUGGAGACAAAUAUGCCAUCUGUAACAAUGCUGAAAAGCAUGAAUGCCCGAUUUCUUCCCUGCUCCUUUUUUAGAAUGAUUCAUACGCCUUUUCAUUUUUUAUCUAAACCUCGCUUAUAG